AUGAACGGCCUUCGAGUUAUUGCUAAUGGGCAAUUGGGCGAGGAUCUUGGCCAGUGCUUCUCAGACUUCAGCAAACAGACUUCGGGGGACAUUAACCUCACCCUCGGCAUGCUGAACACCGGCGACGGUAUCAACAAGGAAGACAUUUACAGUCACCUCACUUCCGUUAUUCAGAACAGUGACAUCCUGGAUGACGCCAUUGUCCAAAGGCUGAUUUAUUACGCAUCUAAGGACAUGAGAGACAACAAUGUCCUCAGAGGAAUCAGAAUGCUGGCUGGCGAGGUGCUGGUGUCUCUCGCUGCCCAUGAUUUCAACUCUGUGAUGUACGAAAUACAGAGUAACUUCAGGAUCCUGGAGCUGCCCAAUGAAUUCGUCGUGCUCGCCCUGGCGGAGCUGGCCACCAGCUACGCGUCCCAGAGCAUCCCCUUCAUGAUGAUGACGCUGCUCACCAUGCAGACCAUGCUGCGGCUGGCCGAGGAGGACAGCAUGAAGGCGGCCUUCUGCGUCGCCCUUGAGAAGUUCAGCAAGGCCAUUUACAAGUAUGUGAACCACUGGCGAGACUUCCCCUAUCCCAGGCUGGAUGCCAACCGACUGUCUGACAAGAUCUUCAUGCUGUUCCGCUAUAUAAUGGACAAGUGGGCCCCCACCACCUCCCCCGCGCAGACUCUGUGCAUCGUCAAGGCCCUCGGCCCCACAGUGAGCCUGCUGCUGCAUCGGGAAGACCUCUGCGAAUACGCCCUGGGCCAGCUUCCCUGGCUCCUGAGCCAGUAUAAAGACAAAGAGAUCGAUUUCCACGUCACUCAGAGCCUGAAGCAGAUCCUGACCUCGGUCGUCCUGUAUGACAUCAGCCUUCCGAGGGACUUGAAGCGAAGCAUCUUCACCAACCUGCUCCACCAGGUGUGCAGGGUUCCCGAGCCCCCGGUGAAGGAGAACGAAGCCGAGGCCGCGGGCUGCUUCCUCGUUCUAGCCCAUUCCAACCCUGCAGACCUGAUGGAAUUUUUUGAUGAACAAAUAAGAAUUAAUAACGAGGUCACUCGAACGGGCAUCUUGACUUUGUUAAGAUCAGCUAUCAAUGCUGAAGAGCCCAACUUGAGGGAUCACAUCACUUCAAUCGAAAGUACAGUCAAAGUUGUCAUGGGCGACCUCAGCAUAAAAGUGAGAAACUGCACCCUCCUGCUCAUCCUUACCAUGUGUGAGAAGUGCUACAUCGAGGCCCAGGAGGGCUGGCCGCUGGUCCAAUACGUCUUCUCGCAGUUUGUCAUGUCCAACAAGAACCUGGAGAAACCAGCGAGACCUAACUCCUGUGAGGAAGAAAAGGGAGAGAAAUCUGUCCGAGCAACAAGCCUCGAGGUCUUAAGAACGCUGGACCCCCUGGUCAUUGGAAUGCCUCAGGUGCUCUGGCCACGAAUCCUGACGUUCGUGGUACCUGCAGAAUACACGGGAACCCUGGACUACCUGUUCAACAUCAUCCGGAUUCUGAUCAUGGCAGAGGAGAGGAAGAAGAAGAGUGCCUCGGAGUCCACGGCCCUUGUCAUCUCCACAGGCCCUGUGAAACUUCCUUCACCGCAACAGCUCCUGGCCAGACUCCUGGUACUAUCUAUGCUCGCCAGCUUAGGGAGACCAUGUGGGGCUGGUGCAAUAGGACUUUUGAAGUUGUUGCCUGAGAUAAUUCACCCCAAACUGGUAAACCUCUGGAAAACACGCUUGCCUGAGCUCCUGCAACCUCUGGAAGGAAAGAACAUUAGCAUAGUGCUAUGGGAAACCAUGCUGCUUCAGUUGCUCAAAGAGUCUUUAUGGAAGAUUGGUGACGUGGCCUGGACCAUCCAGCUGAGUCGGGACUUCAACCAGCAGAUGGGCAGUUACAGCAACACCUCCAUCGAGAAGAAAUUCCUUUGGAAAGCCUUGGGAACCACCUUAGCAUCCUGCCAAGAUACAAACUUUGUAAGCUCACAGAUUAAGGAAUUUCUGAUUGCUCCCAACCAGCUGGGGGACCAGCGACAGGGAACAGCAUCUGUUUUGGGACACUGUGCCGAGAACCACUUGGAUACUGUUUUAAAAGUUCUUAAGACAUUCCAGGAUCGGGAAAAGCGUUUCAUGAAUCGAUGCAAGGGUCUUUUCUCUGGGAAGAAGAGCCUCAGCAAGACUGACAUCAUGGUAAUCUACGGGGCCGUGGCCCUCCAUGCCCCCAAGCGCCAGCUCCUCACCAGGCUUGAUCAAGACAUCGUAUCCCAAGUCCUGUUCCUUUAUCACCAGUGCUCUCAGGUUCUGGGCAUGUCUGUGAUGAACAAGGACAUGGAUCUGCAAAUGAGUUUCACAAGAAGCAUCACUGAGAUUGGCAUUGCUGUCCAAGAUGCUGAAGAUUGGGGGUUCAAGUUUUCCUACAAGGAGUUGCUGCUCGGUCACAUGCUGGACUUCAUCAGGGACGAGCCGCUGGAUUCCUUAGCCACCCCUGUUCGGUGGAAAGCCUUAAUCGCCAUCAGAUACCUCAGCAAACUGCAGCCCCGGCUCCCUCUGAACGACCAGCUCAACAUCCUGGAGGAGAGCGUGCGCAGGCUGCUGCCCCUCCCUCCGCUCGACGCGCUCAGGAGCCAGGGCGAGACCGACAGGGACAAGGAGCUCAUCAGCUUUCUCUACGAGCGGUCCAUGGACGCCCUGGGGAAGCUGGUGCGGACCAUGAUGUGGGACAACGUGAGAGCCGAGGACUGCCAGGAAACGUUUAAUCUUCUCCGAAUGUGGCUCGUUUCACAUAAAGAGUGGGAGAGGGAAAGGGCCUUCCAGAUCACCGCAAAGGUGCUGACUAAUGACGUGGCGGCACCAGAGAACUUUAAAAUCGGCUCGCUCCUCGGCCUCCUGGUCCCACACUCCUGUGACACCCUGCCCACCAUCCGCCAGGCGGCCGCCAGCUCCGCCGUCGCUCUGUUCUGCAUAAAAGGUGUCCGCCUGGAAGUGGAAAGGCUGCAGAUUUUGCAGGAGGGGCUGCAAUGCGACGACGUGCAGGUCCAGGUCAAGAUUUCUUCUAAAAUAGCAAAGAUCGUUAGCAAGCUCAUCCCAAGUGAAGAAAUUCUCAUGUUCCUGGAGGAAGCCCUGGAUGGCCUGGAGACCCUCAACCCCACAUGCACAACAGCCUGUGGCAUAUGGAUGAUCACGGUGCUGAAGGAACAGGGAGCUGUUCUGGAAGAUCAGCUGCUGGAGAUCUUGAGCAUCAUUUACUAUCACAUGCCGAUCCUCCGGCAGAAGGAGGAAAGUUUUCAGUUCAUUCUGGAAGCCAUCUCCCAGAUCGCCAGCUUUCACAUGGAGGCGGUGGUCGCCAACCUUCUGCAGAAGCCCCUGCCCCACGACAGGGACACAAAGACGCUGUGGAAGGCCCUGGCUGAGCACCCCGCCUCCUGCGGCAAACUGCUGCGAGCCCUGACUGUCAAGCUGGAGGCGGGGCUGGAAGACGACCUGGCCCGCAUGGACGCCAUCGCGGUGGCCUGUGCUAUCCAAGAAGUGGUAUCCAUAGGCACCCCCGUGGCGAACUUGUACCCAGAGCUGUUCACUCUGCUCCUGAAGCUGGUCAGCUGCACGCUGGGCCAGAAGAUGCCCGCUUCCUCCUUGAGCUACAGGCGGCGGGUGAUGCAGCAAGGGGAGCGGCAGCAGGUCGCCGACCCCUGCAAGCUCUCGAUCGCAACUCUGAAGUGCGUGCAAGCCCAAGCCAUGAGGGAAGGCCUGGCCCGGGAGUCUGACGAAGGGGACAACUUGUGGGUGCUGCUCCAUGAUCCCGGCACCCACCACAUCGGGGUGUGUGCGCUGGCCAGGAGCAUGGCCGUGUGGCAGCACGGGGUCACCGUGGACAUCAUGGAGCAGCUGUUCUCCUCGCUCACCUCCUCCUCGGAGAACUACCGCAUCACCGGCACGGCCUUCUUCUCCGAGCUCAUGAAGGAGCCGAUCCUUUGGAAGCACUGGAAUCUACGGGACGUGCUGAUCUUGAUGGAUCAGAGUGCCUGGGACUCCAAUGCCACUCUGAGGCAGAUGGCCAUCCGAGGGCUCGGCAAUACAGCUUCUGGAGCCCCUCACAAGGUGAGGAAGCACAAGCAGAUAAUGCUAGAAUCUGUCAUCCGAGGUCUGUAUCACCUGGCCCGCACCGAGGUCGUCUCCGAAAGCUUGAAGGCGCUAAGGAAGAUCCUGGAGUUGCUCACAGACCGAGAUGUGAGCUUCUACUUCAAGGAAAUAGUGCUGCAAACGAGAACCUUCUUUGAAGACGAGCAGGAUGAUGUGAGACUGACUGCCAUUGUCUUAUUUGAGAAUCUGGCAUCCCUAACAGGAAGAAGGUGGAAGAUUUUCUUUGCGGAAGAAAUUAAAAAGAGCAUGAUCUCAUUCCUUCUCCACCUCUGGGACCCCAAUCCCAAAGUUGGAGCCGCUUGCCGAGACGUCCUGAUGGUCUCCAUUCCUUUCCUGGGCCUCCAGGAACUCUAUGGGGUAUUAGAUCGCCUCCUUGACAGUCAGGAUCCACCAAGGGCCAGGGAUUUCUAUAGGCAGUUUUGUGUGAAACUGGCCAAGAAAAAUCAGGAAAUCCUGUGGAUACUCCACACACACUCGUUCAUCUUCUUCAGCAGCAGCUGGGAGAUGAUCAGGAGCACAGCCAUCAAACUCACAGAUGCCAUCGUCCUCAAUCUGACCAACCAAAAUGUGGAGUUACUAGACAGAGAGCAGCUGACCACCCGGCUCCAGGAGCUUCGGCAAGACCCCUGUAUCAGUGUGCAGAGAGCGGCCGAGGCUGCCUUGCAGACCCUCCUGCGAAGGUGUAAAGAGAUAAGCGCCCCUCCGUGA